UCUCUAUGAUCUAGAACUGUCAUCAUUUUUCCCACGGUAGGCAAUCCAGCCAGGGUUUUCUCUUCUCUUUUCCUUGCUUUUCUUUUUCUUUCUUUCUUCUUGUGUGUGUGAUGGGCUGUUUCAGUCUCAGAGGCCCCCAGUGCGGUACGCAAGGAGCGGCCCCGGGCCGUCCCCCCCAGCAGGUCUUCUAGGGUGACUGGCCCGCGGCAGCCCCUCCCACGCCGGGCACCUCCAGUUUGAAGGAUCGCUUUUGAGCUUGAGGACUGUCCUCUACUGUUCUCUCCUAACCUGUUCAUGAACUCCUGAGAGCAGAGUGUCCCCUAUCUUCUGAUGUGCACAGCGCUUAAGUGGUUGGCUCUCAGGCUCUGAAUUAUCCUCCUUUAUUAAUAUUCCGCCUCCGUUGUGAAGGAUGGGCUGUUUGUACUGCUCCUGUUCUCUGGGAAUCUUCGGGGCCGCUGCUUCCCAGCGUGCGUAGUGUCAGGUCCUGUCGUCCUGUCACAGGAUCCGGGGCUCCGCUGCCUGUCCUGGGAGGACUGGCCCAGUGCUCCUCCUGAGAAGCCCCACCCAGGGACUGAGCUGGUCAUCUCUGUCAAGUGCUGAAAUAUUGGAGCCAGAUGUUUCGGGGGCUCAUGGAAACACGAGCUGUCCAUCUGCCUUCAGGCCCGGCUCCUCAGAUUGUACCAGGGUUCCAAAGGGAUUUUAAUUUUUUUACAAAAAAGAUCCAGAGACUGGGAAGGUGGGUAGGAUAAAUUUAUUUUGGAAGGUGGAUGGUAUAAUUUGCACACGUGGGAGGCAAGAAUAAUUAGUGUGAGGAGAACCCUGCAGACCUGUAGCUCUAGAAGGAAUGUGAGAGCCGGAUAUGCCCUUGCGCUGGAGUCAGGGGAACAAAAGCACCACGAAGUUCUACGUAGGAGGAAGCACACUUGGGUCUGUCUGGACCUCAUCUCAGUGAGGACACAUGUCACGCCUGGGGAAUGGGGCUUGUUCAUCACUGUGUUAGGUAAGACCCAGGAACCGUGUCUCCUGGUGGUGCCCAUGUGCUCGUUGUCGGGGGCAAGUAUGGGCUGAUCUGGAAGCCGCCUCCGUGGAGGGAGAAGACCUGGCCUCCAGGGAACAGCAGAGGCUCCUACCUGCCAGGCCUGGGCUGCUGGCAUGGGUGAGGCUGGAAUUCAGAUGAGGGAGCAAGCCCUGCUAGCAUGAAUGGAGGCCACACUGAGAGCAGGACUUAAGGGAUAAGGGGGAUUAGCCUGGCAGAGGAGGUCAGGUAUGAGGAGGGGGGAGGUGCCACAAAGAAGGGUUUGGGCUCCGCUCUUAGCCUGGGAAAGUGGCUCAUGCUUUGGCUGUUUGCAGGUCCCUUAGGAUUCCGUGGGAGCAGAGGAGAAGCCACUGUCUUCACCCCAGACCGCUUCCCCCAUUCCUCCUCGCCUCCGCCCCCCUGGAAGUGGCCGUGUCCGCCACAGGGCCUCUCCGAGCCUGGAGUGCCGCCCCCUUGGUUUAAUCCUUCUUUGCUAUUCAUUUUCUCUGCUCCUGGUAACCCUAUGGGCACCCCCUCCUCGGAGUCUCCGUUCUCAGGCCUGCCCAAACCGUAUUUCUAAAUCACAAAUUUAAAUCAUGGAAGUCCUUUGCGUUAAAAACUGGCUAUUCUCCACUGUCCACAGGACAAAGUCUGAACUUCCGGCCUGUUAUAACCUGGCCCCAGCCUCCUUGUUCUGGCUGCGUCCUGGGUCUGAAUGACCAUUUAGGAGAAGUAAAAGUAUUUUACAGCAAAGUAUUUAAAUUUUCUAUAGCCCAUGGUGCUAACAGGACAGACUGUUCCAAAACACUUGGGAUGUAUGAGGCCAACAUAGUUUCCUUAUUAACCAUUCAUAGUACAGCACAGAAGCGCUUAUAUUUAUAAUGGCCUCCUAUCACCAAGAAAAGUUGAGACCUGAGUAUUAACUUCUGUUUUAAAAGACAGCAGAAAGAAACAGCACCUUUGGGGAAGGAUUUCUACCCAAAAUGACAACAUUUUUAAAAAUCUGUGCUCAAAGAGAUAGCUUCAGACAUCCGUAGAACAUACUUAUGAUGCACCCCAAGGAAAUGUGAGGGGGUUGGCAGGCACACACAGGUCCUGACGGGUCCUCGCAGAUAAGAUUGGAGUGAUCGAUCGCAAGGAAGCAAUGACAGAUGUCCUGGACUCGCCUGUGCCGGCCCUUCGGUGGAGUCAGGCCUGAGGGACCAAGCAUCACACAUGCCAUUCCUUCUUGCUCACUGAUGUGAUUAGCACCUCUUGGAAAUGGAGGCAGGUUCUUUUCUGACUGAGCACACGGCAGAUAAGAAGCCAGGUGAGACACAGACUGGAGUGGCAUGCCCUGAGCAUGUUCCAGGAGUGGGAGCCGACGGGGGUAAAUCCCCACAGAGCAAAUGAGAGGCAGGAGAGUCGCCUUCCCUCAAAGAGAACAGAUCUGGUCAGCAGUUGUCGGGGCAGAGGUGGCAGUUUUAAUUGGGGCAGAAGGGUCGUUGCCUCCCAGGGAGGCAGCAUCCUCAGGGCCCUGGAAGGUUCCAAGUGCCCUCAGGUGCCCCCCUCCCCAGAGGAGUGCAGAGGUUGUAGUGUGUUUUACCAACCCGAUUCCGUGGGCGGCGUGGACAUUCCACGCAUACACACUUGAAGGGGGUGGCGGCGCCAGGAAAGUGGCUGGAGCUGGUCCUUCCCACGGGGGAUGAGGUUGCCUGCUCGCUGCCGUGGAGCCAGCAGUGGGGGUGGCCAGGGGGUGGCCAGGGAGCCAUGCUGCUGCCUCCUGGGUUCUCUUAAUCCUGCUGGGGCCCAGCGGGUGGCCCGAGAAGCCUGAAUUGCGGGUUGGUUCCUGGCUGGCCUGCUGUGUAUACGAAGUGGAUGAGCCUUGUUAGCCAGGGAGUCCUUGCAGGCAGCUCUUGCUGAAGUCGAGCCAAGCUGGUCCAAGGGAAAACAAAGCUGCAGGAAACAUGGAACUUUCUUACACCUUCUUGGAAAUGCAAGUCAUGUUGCCCAGGAAAUCCUUGUCUCCCCUGGGGUGCCGCGCACCGCCAGCUCUGGAGCUGCAGGAGAGGCCGCUGCUGUCGGUCCCGGAAGGCGAGUGUCACCCUCCCUGCCCUGAGGCGGGUUCCUGGGAGCGCACGUGGCCGAAAGGAGACAGCGCUGAGGAGACCGGGCUGGGCUCCGGAGGCGGAGGUGCUUACGUGCGGGCUCCUGCACACGCCAGCCGGGCUGGGGGCCGCUGAGGGCACGCGUGGGGCCGUGUGCAGAGGUCCUCGGUGCCGAAUGCAGUGUGAUGAGCGAGAGGGUGCCCAUUGGCUGGAAGCAUAUCCUGUCUAAACUUUCUUUGCCCACUCGUGCCUGGGAACCAGUGAUGAAGCAGAGCUUCGCCUUUGACAAUGUCGGCUACGAAGGUGGCCUGGACAGUGUGUGCCCUCCUCAGACGGCCACCAGCACCAUCAGCAUUCUGGGUAUGACCUGCCAGUCGUGUGUAAGGUCCAUCGAGGGCAGGAUCUCCAGUUUGAAAGGCAUCGUGAGCAUUAAGGUUUCCCUGGAACAAGGCAAUGCGACUGUGAAGUACAUGCCGUCCAUUCUGAGCCUGCCGCAGGUUUGCCGUCACAUUGAGGACAUGGGCUUCGAGGCCAGCGUUGCAGAAGGAAAGGCUGCCUCCUGGCCCUCGAGGUCCUCGCCUGGCCUCGAGGCUGUGGUCAGACUUCGGGUAGAGGGCAUGACCUGCCAGUCCUGUGUCAGCUCCAUCGAAGGCAAGCUCGGAAAGCUGCAAGGGGUAGCAAGAGUCCGGGUCUCCCUCAGCACCCAGGAGGCAGUCAUCACUUACCAGCCUUAUCUUAUUCAACCCCAGGACCUCAGGGACCAUGUAAACGACAUGGGGUUUGAAGCUGUCAUCAAGAACAGAGGGGCACCCGUAAGCCUGGGACCCAUUGAUAUUGGGCGGUUACAGAGGACCAACCCAAAGAUGCCUUUGACUUCUGAUAACCAGAAUCUCAAUAACUCUGAGACCUUGGGCCAUCAAGGGAGCCAUCUGGUUACCCUGCAGCUGAGAGUCGACGGAAUGCACUGUCAGUCUUGUGUCCUGAACAUUGAAGAGAAUAUAGGCCAAUUCCCCGGGGUUCAGAAUGUACAAGUGUCCUUGGAGAACAGAACGGCCCAAGUACAGUAUGACCCUUCUUGUGUCACUGCAGGGGCCCUGCAGAGGGCCAUUGAAGCUCUCCCACCAGGGAACUUUAAAGUUUCUCUUCCUGCAGCAGCAGCAGGAAGUGAGACAGGUAACAGGUUUUCUGCAUGUGCCGCCCCCGCCCCCGCCCCGAGAACCCCCGCACUGGGCAGGUGCGAUACUGUGAUGCUCGCCAUCGCGGGCAUGACCUGUGCCUCCUGCGUCCAGUCCAUCGAAGGCCUGAUCUCCCAGAGGGAAGGGGUGCAGCAAAUAUCUGUCUCUCUGGCUGAAGGGACCGCAGUGGUGCUCUAUGAUCCCUCUAUAAUUGGCCCGGAAGAACUCCGAGCUGCCGUCGAGGAGAUGGGAUUUGAGACUUCAGUCCUCUCUGAAAACGGUUACAGCAACCAUGUUGGAAACCACAGUUCGGGGAAUUCCUCGGCGCACACCACAGCCGGCGUACCUGUGUCUGUGCAGGAAGGGGCUCCUCACACUGAGGGGCUCCCUGGAAACCACAGCCCUGGCCGCCCGUCCAGGUCCCCACCAGCCUCUACCCCUGUGGCAGCACAGAAGUGUUUUUUACAGAUCACAGGCAUGACCUGUGCAUCCUGUGUGUCCAACAUAGAGAGAAAGCUGCAGAAAGAAGCAGGCGUCGUCUCAGUGCUGGUUGCCCUGAUGGCCGGAAAGGCAGAGGUGAAGUAUCACCCAGACGUCAUCCAGCCACUGGAGAUCGCUCAGCUCAUCCAGGACCUAGGCUUUGAGGCGACGGUGCUGGAAGACUACGUGGGCUCCGAUGGCGACCUGGAGCUGAUCAUCACGGGGAUGACCUGCGCGUCCUGUGUUCACAACAUAGAGUCCAAACUCACGAGGAUGGCCGGCAUCACCUAUGCCUCUGUGGCCCUCGCCACCAGCAAAGCCCACGUGAAGUUCGAUCCUGAAAUCAUCGGUCCGCGAGAUAUUGUCAAAGUUAUCGAGGAAAUCGGCUUUCAUGCUUCCCCGGCCCAGAGAAACCCCAGCGCGCAUCACUUGGAUCACAAGGUGGAAAUAAAGCAGUGGAAGAAGUCUUUUCUGUGCAGCCUGGUGUUCGGCAUCCCUGUGAUGGGUCUGAUGAUCUACAUGUUGGUGCCCAGCAGCACGCCCCACGAGUCCAUGGUCCUGGACCACAACGUCAUUCCAGGACUGUCCAUUCUGAAUCUCAUCUUCUUCAUCCUGUGUACCUUUGUCCAGCUCCUUGGCGGGUGGUACUUCUACGUCCAGGCCUACAGGUCUCUGAGGCACAGGGCGGCCAACAUGGACGUGCUCAUCGUGCUGGCCACGAGCAUCGCCUACACCUACUCGCUCGUCAUCCUGGUGGUGGCCGUGGCUGAGAGCGCGGAGAGGAGCCCUGUGACCUUCUUCGACACCCCCCCCAUGCUCUUUGUGUUCAUUGCCCUGGGGCGGUGGCUGGAACACAUAGCAAAGAGCAAAACCUCAGAAGCCCUUGCCAAACUCAUGUCUCUCCAAGCCACGGAAGCCACCGUUGUGACCCUCGGCGAGGACAACUUGAUCCUCAGAGAGGAGCAGGUACCCAUGGAGCUGGUGCAGCGGGGCGAUGUCAUCAAGGUGGUCCCCGGGGGAAAGUUCCCGGUGGAUGGGAAAGUCCUGGAGGGCAAUACGAUGGCCGAUGAGUCCCUCAUCACAGGAGAAGCCAUGCCCGUCACGAAGAAACCCGGGAGCACAGUGAUCGCCGGAUCCAUGAAUGCACAUGGCUCUGUGCUCGUUACCGCCACCCACGUGGGCAACGAUACCACGUUGGCUCAGAUCGUGAAGUUGGUAGAAGAGGCUCAGAUGUCAAAGGCACCCAUUCAGCAACUGGCUGACCGGUUUAGUGGAUAUUUUGUCCCAUUUAUCAUCAUCAUUUCAACGUUGACGUUGGUGGUAUGGAUUAUAAUCGGUUUUAUCGAUUUUGGUGUUGUUCAGAAAUACUUUCCUACCCCCAACAAGCAUAUCUCCGAGGCGGAGGUGAUCAUCCGGUUUGCGUUCCAGACGUCCAUCACGGUGCUGUGCAUCGCCUGCCCCUGCUCCCUGGGCUUGGCCACCCCCACGGCGGUCAUGGUGGGCACUGGGGUGGCCGCCCAGAAUGGCAUUCUCAUCAAAGGAGGCAAGCCUCUGGAGAUGGCCCACAAGAUAAAGACUGUGAUGUUUGACAAAACUGGCACCAUUACCCACGGAGUCCCCAAAGUCAUGAGGGUCCUCCUGCUGGUGGAUGUGGCCACGCUGCCCCUCAGGAAGGUCCUCGCCGUGGUGGGGACCGCGGAGGCCAGCAGCGAGCACCCCCUGGGCAUGGCCGUCACCAAGUACUGUAAAGAGGAACUGGGAACGGAGACCUUGGGAUACUGCACGGACUUCCAGGCAGUGCCAGGCUGCGGGAUUGGCUGCAAAGUCAGUAGCGUGGAGAGCAUCCUGGCCCCCGGCGAGCGCCAGCGGAGCAAACAGGCCGCUCCCCCGGGCACGGUUGGCGGCGUUCCCGAGGAAACAGAUGAGACGCCCCAGACCUUUUCCGUGCUGAUUGGGAACCGUGAAUGGAUGAGGCGCAACGGCCUGACCAUAUCCAGCGACGUCAGUGACGCGAUGGCGGACCAUGAGAUGAAAGGCCAGACGGCCAUCCUGGUGGCCAUCGAUGGUGUGCUGUGCGGGAUGAUCGCCAUCGCCGAUGCCGUCAAGCAGGAGGCAGCCCUGGCUGUGCACACACUCAAGAGCAUGGGCGUGGACGUGGUCCUGAUCACAGGGGACAACCGCAAGACGGCCAGAGCCAUUGCCACCCAGGUUGGCAUCAACAAGGUCUUUGCAGAGGUGCUCCCGUCUCACAAGGUAGCCAAGGUCCAGGAACUCCAGAACGAAGGGAAGAAAGUCGCCAUGGUGGGAGACGGGGUUAAUGACUCCCCAGCCUUGGCCCAGGCCGACGUGGGCAUUGCCAUCGGGACAGGCACAGAUGUUGCCAUCGAGGCUGCUGACGUCGUCCUCAUCAGAAACGAUCUGCUGGAUGUGGUGGCCAGCAUUCACCUCUCCAAGAGGACCGUGUGGAGGAUACGCCUCAACCUGGUGCUGGCACUGAUCUAUAACCUGGUCGGGAUACCCAUUGCGGCAGGGGUCUUCAUGCCCAUCGGCGUCGUGCUGCAGCCGUGGAUGGGCUCGGCGGCUAUGGCGGCCUCCUCCGUGUCUGUGGUGCUCUCAUCGCUGCAGCUCAAGUGCUAUAAGAAGCCCGACCUGGAGAGGUACGAGGCCCAGGCGCAGGGCCGCAUGAAGCCCCUGACGGCGUCCCAGGUCAGCGUGCACAUUGGCAUGGAUGACCGGCGGUGGGACUCCCCGCGGGCCACGCCCUGGGACCAGGUGAGCCGCGUCAGCCAGGUGUCUCUGUCCUCCCUGAAGUCCGACAAGCUGUCCCGACACAGCGCCGCGGCCGACGACGGCGGGGACACGUGGUCUCUGCUGCUGAACGACCGCGACGUGGAGCAGUGCAUCUGAGCGCUGCAGGCGGGCGCGACCCGCUCCCGGCUCCCCGGCUCCCCGGCUCCUCGGCUCCUCGGAGGAGCGGCCCAGCUGUCCGCAGGGAGGAGGCGGGGCUCCUGGCCUGGCCCGCGCCCCCCGGGUCCCCGCCCGGCCACCCGCGCUGUGGGCGUGGGCCUGCCCCCACCGCUGGACCCACGGGGCCCGGACGGCCCGCCCCCCGCUUUAGCGCUUGCGGUGACCACUUGUGAGAUGAUCUCAUCGGGACCAAAAACCUCGCUGGGCCUUGCCUUAGGACCCCCAGGAGCCUCGCGUUGGGUUCUUCCUGACGCCACAGUUUACCUCAAAUACACCCACUGAUCUCUGCGA